UUGGUUUGGAUAUGUUUUUUUUAUAGUGGAAUAUUCAGUGUGAAAUAUUUCUUUUAAGAUGGGCAAUCUGACGAGGUUAGACCUACACCAUGCCUAGAUAGUACAAUGGAAAGCACAAGUUACGUAAAUACGGAUUCUCAUCAAGUAUGUGUUAUGAGAUGUUUUCUGCUAGACAGAUGUACAUGGGCUUCUAACCUUCAUUUGUCUAUCGAGCAACAUGAUUUGUCAACUACAGACUUCGUAGUGGAAGCAGACGUUCUAAAUGUAGAAGUGCCGAGAGUAGUCGAACAAUCAGAUUUCAUCAUUCUUGUUAUCUGCAAACAUCUACAACAAAACAUUCGAAAAAUCAAGAGAUACUUACAGGAUGUAAGUAAUAAGGUGAUAAUUUCUGGUGAUCUUCAUGGACUUCAAACCAAGCAAAUAUUCCACAAUUUCAAAAUGUUUAAGAUAACUGAUGCCGAACCUAUCGCAUCUUACGUAAAAACAACUAUUUCUGGUAAGAGAGAUGAACACGAAGAUUUUAUCUACAAACAACACUCAUCAGAUUAUGAUGACGUCAACAGUAUUGGCGGAACUUAUAAGAAACUAAAGCAUUUCAAACAUUCACAUUUUGGGUUCGUUCAUUCGUCUACAUUAGAACCAGGAGAGAAUAAUAGAGGGACUUUCCUUUUGGCCAAAGCUUGCUUCCCGUCUGUUUUGGUACGUACUGAUUCCUUAGACAAUCUAAAAAGACGGUUUUACAUUGUUGGAGAAGAAGAAAAGAAAGAAUUGAUAAAGCAGAUACAGAAUGUCACAUUAAAGUCGCUACGUAUGAGUUCGGAUUAUCUUGGCUUGAUAACAUUACUUGGGAUUGCAGAUUAUAACAUCCAGGAAAAUAUCAUAGUAACUUUAAAUCAUUUACAACUAGAAGACAAUAUAAUGAACAGAUGCUUACGGGCGAACGAUCUCUUUACAGCAGCAAAGUGGUUAAUAGGAAUAGUGAAAGCUAAUUUUGGAGACUCUCAUAUCAUGAUAAACCUGUUACCGGUUGUCCUGGAGACUAUUUCAAUGCUGUAUUUGUCAACAUUGACUAUAACAAUGCUUGAUGAGAAAGUAAAAUGUGAAAUUGAAUCAUUCUGCGCAGAAUCAGAACAAUCUCUGCGAAGCCUAGUAGCCAAUCAUAUAUCAGGGAAUAAAGAUGCAUUGUCGGGAUUGAUACAUUCACUUCUGGUAAUCCUUGUAGAUUUCAAAACAAGAGUUGGAAUCUCAACGUCAUUGAAAAUUGGAAACUUAAAAGAUGCGUUGAUGAUUCAGGAAAAUAGAAUUCGCAUACUACGAGACUUUCAAAACACCAUGUGCUUCCUCGAACAGUAUACAUGCCUCGCUUUCGUCGCAAAUCUGGUAAUGAAAACAAUGGACAUGGAAAUUAUAGAAUUUUUCGAUCAGCUUAUUCGCCAGUUCUUGAGAAAAGCAAGACGAAAACAAAAGAUGAAUGAUGUCUUAUUUUCAGUCCUUCAUCUUGUAACUAAAACAGUACUAUUAAGAUUAGGAAAGGAUAUAGAUAUCGACUUCCAAAGAACACCAUCUCAAUUGAGUUGGAAACUGGCAAAAAUUUUGAAUCUUUUCCUUGACAAUGACAGAAUUGGACUUUCUCUACGUAAAAGGUUACUGAUCAUGAUAGAACCCUUGUUAUUAAGUAGCAGCCAACAAAUUAUUGUCAACAUCAUAUAUUUAUUACGUAAACAUGAUGUAAAAUCAUAUGAAAUUAGACAAAGGUUUGUCAAAACAAUAAGCUUAAAAUUACACCCUAUCAAUUUUAAAAUAAGAAUUAGUAGUGUUGAACUAGGCGAAGACUUUAAACCUGAGUGGGUGGAUUAUGAAGCAACACUGGCCAACUCUACCAUAGUGACUAUGCACAUGCUUUUACCGACUCUCAACGCACUCUCGAAAGGUGACGUGGAUGAGUAUAUACGGAAAUCAAAGAAGUAUGAAACUGAUCGUCACACAAGUGCACUACAAGUUCUCCAUUCGUUGCAUGAAGGGGUAACCCAUCGGUGCAUAAUUCAAUUGUUUGCUUUCCAGUGUCGUCCAAUUCCGUUAUUUUAUGUGACUGAAAAGUCAAAAGACCCCGAUCUAUUAACUUAUUUAUUGAACAGUAGACAUGUUGAAAAUCAAUUACAGACGCAUCGACUUUUAGAACUAGUUUUAGACAUUAUAGAAGCUGUGCUAUUCUUACAUGAACACAAAUUCAUUCAUAGAAAUUUAACCUGCUCAGCAUUUAGCAUACGACACCAGGGAAGAACGGUGUUCUUACACGACUUCAGUCUUGCCACAAGUCACACUAGCAAUAUAUCAGAAGUUGUAGGAAUUCCAGUCCUUUGGUCAGCUCCAGAAAGUAUUUUAGAAGAUAGAUUUGACAAACGGACGGACGCUUGGAUGCUUGGUAAUAUCGUGUAUGAAGUUUUUACUCGUGGAUGUCAUCCCUACACAGAGGUUUAUAAUACUCCAACCGAUCAAAUACUAGAAUACAUAUUGUUCAGUCGUCUGAAGUUGUACAAGUGGCCAUGUAUCCCGAACGAAGUACACAAUGCAAUACUAGGGUUAACACAAACACAACCAAGCGAUAGAUCGAAAAUUUCAGCGAUAAAAACAAAAAUUGGAUUGUUCUUGAACGACGAAAAAUUCAAGGAUCAAGGUUCCAAAAUCAGUGUUCCACUCGACACAAAACAAAGUCAAGAAUUGCCACAACUGGAUUUGAAUCAAGGAAAUCCUGAAAUUGAAGUUCCAAAACUGAUUUAUCAGCUAAAAGGUAUCCACGGUGGAUCAACUAAUGCUACGAAAAUAUCAGGACAUACGUAUGUGAAUACCCGACUUAGUCAGAGAUUGCAUAGUAACAGCCUUGCUAUCAGUCCUCUCGAUUUGACAGCACAAGAUAAACCUAGAAUCCUCAAAAGGUUUGGAUUUCUAGACAUACGAGAACCAGUUACAUUGAAAUUUCUUCGAAUUUUACCAAAUAUUGACGAGGAAACAUAUAAAGAAGUAAUGUGUUUAUACGAUUCUCCAGAAAGGCAUUUAUCACAAACAGGCCAGAGAAUGCAGGAACAGAAUUUUCCAUUUUAUUUGAAAUACAGGACAAUCAGAGGAAGUAACCUAUUAGAAUUUGCGUUUACACAUCCUUUCAAACAUCGCCAUGGAAAUCCAGCAUCAACCAAAGACGAUUUCAUUCACAUAGUUGUCAAAAUUGCACAUUUUAUUUCCGGAAUGCAUCGCCGACAUUUCAUUUUAGGAGAUCUUUGUGCGGAAAAUUUAUUUGUUUCUGACGACACAAAACAGGUAUUUUUGCCAAGGAUUGGAAGAGUAUUACAUUUUGAUGAAUCCGAUGGAAUUGAGGAUUGUUUACUUGGGUCUAUGUAUCAAGACAGGAAAAGAUGGAAUCCAAUUGAGGUUCUUCAGCAUGGACAAUAUUCAUACGAAAGUGAUGUCUAUCGUUUUGCUAUGACUGUAUAUGAGUUCUACACUGCAUUAAAUAUACAUAGCCAGGACCCGAUGGCUGAUCAACUUAACUGUGCUCCAUUUGCUUACGUUGAAAGUGAUGUGCUUCUAGAUGUUUUAUAUAAUGGAGCAGUGCCACCAAGACCCAAACUAUGCCCUGAUUGGUUAUAUGGAAUAUUACUUAAGUGUUGGGAUCGGGAUAGAACACAGAGACCAUCUGCCCUGUGGCUUAAAAAUAUAAUAUCACGCCAAAUGGGGGAUCCUUUCUUAGAUAUAGACCAUACACUUUUCGAUAAGCAACUAGAUACUGAAGUAGCUGAUUAUGACACUCCAAGACCUGAAAUACCUCUUCGUUCUAAAAACAUAAACCAACCAACAAAUAAACACUCAUUUCAACCAACUCUAUCUAAUCAAUUAGAUACUUCUAACAGUCAUGACGAGUCAUCAGGAUUUAUCUUAUCAAGAGGUCCAACCGUUUACACACGCAGUGGUAAGAGAUCAUCGAGUUAUCGUCGCCAAAGCGACUCGUCAACUAUUGGAAAAACAGAGUUUUCAUUGCCUCAAAGAUUUCCAAGUUUUGAAAAUCUAGCAAGAGAUUUCAAAGGAUCCUUUAGUCAUACCUCACAGAAUCCAUUAAUGCACAAUCUCCAUAGUAAUACAAUACCUCGAUCUCCACCUACUUUUGUGGAACCAGAAAGACAAUCGUUAGGCAGUAACCAUGUUAAAAGUCAACCAGUUAUCUCCCCUGAUUUACCAUUUCAAGGAUCUGUACGUUUACAAAGACAGGUCGGUUCUGUCAUAAAUCACAAUCACACAACUAAAACUAGUAGUGCACCAAACUUACCACAACAACACACAACAAUAUGGAGCAGAAAACAAGAUGAAGAAAAAAAGCAAUUCAACCCACCAUAUCAACACACUGACAAGAGAUUUCAAACAUAUAUUGACGAAUUGAAUGACAAAUUUUCAUCAGUGACAACGAAAGGAAAUAAACAUGAGUUAAACGAGAGUAUAGAGAGUAGCGAAUCAAAUUUGUAUCUUCAAGCAGUUCAAUAUGUAUGACAUUUGUUUUCAUAAUCCAU